AUGUUUUUUCUAGAAUGUUCUUAUACCACUACUUUGAUACUCUUCCGUAGGCAUUCCAUAGAGGAAAUAAACGAAAGAGUUAAAGCAUCGCAAUUUUUGGAUACUUUAUUAGACGUCGUUACCGAUACACCAACGGUACAAAGUUAUUUAUUUGAAUAUUUUAAAAUGGAAAAAAUUAAAUAUUUUCGUCAUUUGAUCGAUACCAUCGAGGAAACUCAAAGAAGGUACGAAGAAACCUGCGAUGGAAUCGAGAAAGAAAUCAGAAAAAAUACAAACGAUAAAAUUCAAAAGAUUUUAGACGAGGAAAAAAUUUUAAUGAGAAAAUUUAACGAUAUGAAAAAUUUGACGAUUUCUAAAUUGGAAAUAAAUAAAAAUAUUUGUAACGAUGGACUCAAAUGGUUGGAAAAUCUUAAAUUUUCUUGGUUUUCCCAAGAAGAAGAAGAAGAAGACGUGGAAGAAGAAGAAAGCAUUCAACGAAAAUUUCUUAACGGUUAUCAAAAUCAGUUAAAAGAUAUAAAAGUUUAUAGUUUUAUUAAAACGGAAAAUGAAAAAAACUACGAAAUAAAUGAAAAAAUAAAUCCGAAAUUUAUCAUCGGGUCAAAAGGUCAAAACGACGGAGAAUUUUGUAGACCUUGGGGUGUGUGCGUGAACGGUAUCGGACAAAUUUUGGUAGCGGAUAGAUCCAACGAUAGAAUACAAAUAUUUAGCGAAUCUGGUGAAUUCAUGUUUAAUUUCGGUAAAACGGGUUUCGAAAACGGAGAAUUUUCCUGUCCUUCCGGUAUAGCGACCGACAGGAAUCUUAGAAUAAUAGUAGCAGAUAAAAAUAAUCAUAGAGUACAAAUAUUUUCUCCCAACGGAUUAUUUCUCGACUCUUUCGGAAAAUUAGGAAACGAACCUGGAGAAUUUAAAUUUCCAUGGGACGUUGCGACAAACCUUGAUGACGAAAUAGCCGUAAGCGAUCCUUUCAAUUCCAGAAUUCAACUUUUCGACAAAUUUGGAAAACUUUUAAAAAUAUUCCAAUCGAAAAACCUUAAAAAUCCACGUGGACUAGCAUUUUAUCCUGAUGGUAAAUUACUCGUAACCGAUUUCGACAAUCAUAAAAUUUUACUCUUGGAUUCGAAUAUGAAUAUUGUAAUGAAAUUUUCCAAGGAAGGACACGAAGAAGGGGAAUUGUUCAGACCUCAAGGUAUAGCCGUUUUCGAUAACGGUUCGUUUGCUGUUUCCGAUUGCAAGAAUUACAGGAUACAGAUAUUCAACCGUAAUGGAAGAUUUGAAAAAAGUUUUGGUUCGAAAGGUUCAUCACCAGGAGAAUUUGACUGUCCUCAAGGUAUAGCAAUACAUAAAAACGGUAACAUUAUAGUCGUUGAUUUCGGUAACAACAGAUUACAAAUAUUUUAA